AUGACUGCAGGUAACGAUGAAGUCCUCGGUCGCCAUUGUUUUGGCUGUUUUGUGCCUGUCCGGAUCUGUAUUCUCACAGACCGUUACUACAACUGGAACCAGCAACAUCUUUCAGCAAAUAGGCGCCUUCAUCAGCUCAAACCCAGCGCUAGCUCUGUCCUUCGCUGCCCCAUUUUUCGCCGCCAACAGUCUCGGACCCAACCCAAGCAGAAUUCUCGUUCCACCACCCCCACCUUUCUUUGCUCCGUUCCCUCCUAUGGGAAUGAUGCCCAUGCUUCCACCUCCCAUUGUUGUCAGGAGACAUCACUACUGAGAAGGAAAACUUAUUCCGAUCGAGUUAACCAUUUGAUGUCUCAGCUUUGUCACUCCCAUGGGCACAAAAGAUGCUCCACGACAGAGAAAGAAAGCUUGGCAAGAAUGUUGUUCAACGGACGGGAAAGACUGUUGUAAAUAAA